UUUUUUACAGUCAUUGACUGAAACCCCUGGAAAAAAGUGCCUGCCGUUCAAGUCUGCAGACGCUCAUGGUUUUCAGCAGACACUAGAAAGCGACAUCUUUGUUUUUGUCUUCCAGACACAAGCUUAUUGGAACAAUAAACUCCGUUUAUUUUAUUAUUUCAAACAUGAAAAUGAAGCUUUCCUAUUAUUUUCACAUAUCGAUUUGGUGUUUCCUCAAGUCGACAUUAGGUGUUUUUGGUGUGGAAGAAGGAAGAGUGUCUGUGAUGGAUGGAGAUUCAGUCACUCUUUACACUGGUGUUAGAACAGGCCAACAUGAAGGGAUUACAUGGUAUUUUAAUCUCAUUCGCAUUGCUCUGAUAAAUGGAGAUCGGAGUAAGAGCUGUACAGAUGUUCAGUGUAAUCUAAAUUUAAAAGCAAAGAAUGAGAGAUUUAGAAACAGACUGAAGCUGGAUGAAGAAACUGGAGAUCUGACCAUCCUUAACAUCAGAACCGCAGACGAUACUGGAGAUUAUCAACUGAUUAUCCACAGCAACAGCAGCAACAACAAAGACAACAUUGAAAAGACCUUCAGGAUUGCUGCUGAUACUUCUGAAAUGAAGAGUCCGUCAGUGAAGGAGGGAGAAUCUGUCACUUUAGAUCCUGGCGUAAACGCAUAUAAUGAGAUGAGCUGGUAUUUCAGUGACAUUCUCAUUGCUCGACUCACUGGAAAUCAGAGUCAGAUCUGCACAAAUGCUGAGUGUAAAGAGAGAUUCACUGACAGACUGAAAACUGAAAACGAUUCUCUGAAUAUCACUAACAGCAGAAGCACAGACUCUGGAGAAUAUAAACUGAUGAUCAACUGCAGCACAUUCAGCAUCAUCAGGAAGCUUACUGUUAAUGUCACCAAUUCAGCUCAUCCAGAAGUUAUUGCAUAUGUGCUGGUGGCUGCUGUAUUUGCUGCUGUUGCUGCUGCUGCUGCUGCUGCUGUUGUUGCUGUAAUCUUAUGCUGGUGGCGUUAUAAUUCAUCACAACAGAAUGGAAACAGGACAGGAGAACAAAAUACUACGAAUGGUCCUGAAGUUGUGCCCCUUAAUUCCAGACUGAAUGGUGCCAAUGGAACAUCUAAUGAGGCCAACUGUUCAUUACUGCCUGCUGAUAAUGAAAAUGGACUGGCAGCUAAUGGCACACCACAGUAAAUGUUUAUUUUUUAAAAUUAUUUUAAGGUAUAGAAGGUGCAUGGACGAAACAUUAAACUUGUAAUAAAGGAGAUUUCAUUAAUUUUCUCCUUUAUUACAAGUGUUGCUAGAGUUCCUUAUUUUUACUAUAUAAUGGCAUAAGGCCUUACAAUUUCAGAGGGUUUCUAAAUCUAACUGAGAAACAAACUUGAAAUUAAAGCUGCAAGCAGCGAUGAUAGGGACCUCGCAACCGGGCUCACCGCUGCCCGGUGACC